AUGUUAGGUAGAUUAUUUAAAUCAAACAAUACUGGUCAAAUAAAUAACAAUAAUAAUGGUAUUAAUAGUUCAGGUCAUAAUCAUCCAGCAUCAGUAGUACCAUCAGUAAAUUCUCAACCAUUAGUAGCAACAUUUGAGGAUUCUUAUUCUAGAGAAAUACUUUAUGGAACUCAUAAUGCAAAUCUGUUAAAACCAUUUCAUUUUAAUAAUAAAUAUUUUAGAAUCAUAGUAUCACAAGAUGGUGGGAAUUUAAGAUCAAAACAAGUAUUAUUUGACACUUCACAUGAUCAACAACAACAAUCUCCUGUAUCAUCAACUAACUCAUCAUUAAGUCAUUCACCAAUACAAACUUCAAAAUAUCCAUUUUCAUAUCAACAACAACCAUCUCAAUCUCAACAAACAAGAAGAUCUUUACCUAAAAAUUUUACUAAUCUGAGAAUAUAUCAUAGUGUUUCUGAUUUAAAUGAUUUAUUAUUUGGUUGUGGUCUACCGACAAAUGAAAUUCAAACUGUUACAAAAUUACAUACAUUACCUUCAUUAACUAAUAGUUCAAGUCCUUAUAAUUCAAUCCUAAUCACUAGAUUAUUUUCAAUAACUGAUCUAGAAGAAAACGAAUCAUCACCAUUGUAUCAAAAAGAUGAUUCCAAUGAUUGGAAUCCAACUUCAGCCAUAAAUAUGAAAGAGUCAAGGUUAAAACUCAAUGAUUUAAGGAUAAACAGUAGAUUUGCCAUUGGUAUUGUAAUACCUUUAGAGGCAAAUUGUUUUAUUAAUGAAACAGUAUUAAACAAUUGGAACGAAAUAUCACAUUUUUUAACAAUUUUGCAAAAGAUUGUUUAUAAAAAAUUAAUUGCACAAUUGUAUUCUGGAUUUGAUGAUGGAUUUGGUUAUGAAUAUAUAGUUAAGAAAAGGUUACAAUUUCCAAGUCAUAUUUUACAAAAUGAUUUUGAAUUACAUACAUAUUUGACAAAAUUAGUGAAAUUAAUACAUUAUGAUAAUAAUACUCCUAGAUUAAUCAAUACAAACUUUUUAAUGAAACAAAAUAAAGAAGAAUAUUAUCCCACACUUUUAAACUGGGUUCUUGAAAUUGUAAAUUGGUUAGAAUUUAAAGAUGGUAAGAACAUAAACAAUAUGCCAAAUCAUAAUGAAUCUAUUCCAUCCUUUCUAGCAACAUUAUUUUCAAUACUUAUACAAUACAAAACUUCUUUAGGACAAAAACCAUAUUAUAAUUGCAUUAACAACACAAGAGAAAUCACAAGAGUAGUUGUAUCGACGGGCAAUCCAGCUGUUGCAAAAAGACUUGUAUUUAUUUUGAAUGGAUUAAUAAAUCAUGAUACAUCUGAUUGUCAUCAAGAAAUUUCAGCUUUGACUGCACCAACUACAGUGGCUCGAGAAAUAAGGGUUAAACCACCUACAAUAAGCAUACCGAUAAAUACUAAAAAUCAUAAUAAACACCCACCUAUUCCAAUAAAAGCACCAACUACAUCACAAGCUUCUUCAUCAUUAUCAAAAUCAGCAUCUACAGCUUGUCUAUCAACAUCAAUGAAUUCAUCUUAUUCAUCUUUACAAUCAAAUUAUUCAUUAUCAAAAUUUGGGAGUUCAGGUUCAUUUAUGGAUAAGUGGAAAAGUUCAUUUAAUAAUAAUCAAAUUAAUAACCCAAUGAUGUCUUAUUUUGAUGAUCCACCAAGUUUGAAUUCUAAAAAAUCUUUUCAAUCAUUAAGAACUCCAUCACCAAGUAUAGAAUACGAUGAAUAUAAUUGGAAUCAUAUUCAAAAUUCAUCUACAACUUCACCAAUGUCAAUGACUCCAAGUAAAUUAUCAAGAACUCAUUCUUUACAUGAUUUGUUUAAUAACAAUAAUACCAAUCAUAAUAAUGGUAAUAGUUUGAAUUCUAUGAGUGAAGAAAAUGCAUCACAUAUGCAAAAUUCAUUAUCAAGAUCAUCAUCGGAGUCAGACUCUGUUUUAUCUGACACGUCUACUACUUUAGCAUCUAAUUUAAAUAACCCCAACUCUUUUGAAGUGAAAAGGUCAAAAACAAGUGUUUAUACUCCUUAUAUCAGUGACAAACUAGUUAAAAAUGUUGGAGAAUAUAAUAAAUCAACAAUUAGAGAUAAAUGUAAACAAAUAAUGGAUAUUAAUCCUAAAUAUCAAGUAAUAAGUAAUAAUACAAUUGAAUUAAAAAAUAUAUCAUUAACAAAUUCCGAUUUAUUAACUGAUAAUUCAUCAGCAUCAACUUCAAAUCCAAUAAUUUUUAAACAAAAUGUAUUACCACCAUCAGUUGGAUAUUGUGAAGAAUAUAGACCAGAAUUUAUUAUACAAUCAUGUUCAAAUAAUUCAAAACUAGAAACUCAAAUUAUGAAUUCAAUGAAAAAUGAUUUAAUUUAUUAUCAAAAUAAUUAUAAAUAUGACAAAAUUAUAACAAGAACUAUAUUUAUAAAUUUAAGAAAUAGAGAAAUUAAAUCAAUUGAAAUGAAUAUUAAUAAUUUAAAAUAUUUUGAAAAUGAAAAUGAUCAAAAUAAUGAAAAUAAUAAUGAGAACAAUGAUGAAUCAUUUUCAACAACUUCGGUUAAAAAUAAUACUUAUAAAACAAAAAUUCAAAAAAUUUAUUCUCCAAUAAAGUUUUUUGGUGAUAGAUCAAAUAUAUUAAAAAUUGAAGAACAACUUUAUGAAAUUAAUAAAUUUUUAAAAGAACAACAUGAUUUACAACAACAGCAGCAACAACAAUCACAACAACAGCAUCAACAACAACAUCAUCAACAGCUGAAUCAACAACGACAACAGGAACAACAAAAAUCUUCAACGGAUUCAAAAGUAUUUAGUAGAAAACAAUUUUAUAAUCAUUUAUUAGAUUUAGUUGAUGAUUUUAUAAAUUAA